AUUAUAACCUCUGAACCACGAAUUUCCCGCCAAGUAUAACUAACAACAUAUGCUUUUUAAUUGUAAAAAACGGACAUGUCUGAGGAAACGCCGGAAAGUGAAUUUAGAUUACGACCAAUGAAUUGUGAAUUAAACCAACUUUCAAUGCCUGAUGGAUCGGCAAUGCUAAUGCAAGGAAAUACUGCUGUAGUUGCUGGAAUAUAUGGACCGAUAGAAGCAAAACCACAAAAAAUGAUUUAUGAUAAAGCAUCAGUCGAAGUAUCAUACAGUCCUAUCAAAGGUCCGGCAAAGGUGGAUGACAGAAUGACAGAAAUGUAUAUCAAAGAAACUUGUGAAGCUGCAAUAAUUGUUACUUUCCAUCCAGCAACUGCUAUAUGCAUUAAUGUACAAGAAUUAGAAGAUUCUGGUGGGAUAUUAGCCUGUACAAUAAAUGCAGCAUGCUUGGCACUUAUUAAUGCUGGUAUCCCAAUGAAAUUUACUAUUGCAGCAGUGAAUUGUAUGAUACAGGAAGGCACAGAAAAUAUUAUACUGGAUCCUGAUACUACUCAAUUACAGGAAGCUAGAGCAGAAUUUACAUUUGCAUUUGAUAGUAUGAAAAAAGAUGUCAUAUGUUGUAAUACUGUUGGUUGUUUUACGGAGACAGAAUUUUUGGAAGCAAUGGAAAAAUGUAAACAAAUCGGCGCUAGAAUCAAUUGGGAAGUACUUCUAACCGUCGUACUUCAAAUUCGAUCAAUUUCCGAGGAGAUAGUUCGUCUAAUCAGUUUAUUAUUUAAUUACAUAUAAUUAGAUACCUGCAUGAUCUUUCUUAUAUCUCAAACGCACGCAAUUGCAUUAAUAUGUUCAGAGUUAUGUUAUCGCCUCGCCAGACAUUCUCGCGCAAUAUUUCCCUGUAAUGCAUAAAUAUCAAGAAGCAAAUUCAAAUCAACAGGUAGCUUCUCAACUUCCUCCGUCGCCCUAGCAAUAUAACUUUAAGUUUCGCGGUCAUUUAUCAUCGCAGCCCAUUAACUUGCGCCAUAACAAUCGGCGUUUCUUAGAUUGCAAUUAUAGUAAAUUUUCGUGCAGCUUUAACGAACCGUGUAUAUGCUUCUCUAAUAACAGCAACGACUUUUCGUUGCCAUCUUGUCUACUGGAUACAAUGAAUUAUUAUACAAGUGUUUCGUUACUUCCCUCUUCCAUCGUGAUAGCUUGAGUGUCGUGACGAAUCGCUGACUCAGCUGUGUCAAUCAUUUCGGUUGCGUUAAUUUCUGUGGCUGCUUUCAGGGGAACCGUGCGGUAGACGAUUUAAGGUUAUAGUAUGCAUAGACACAUAAAUACCUAUAACCUAUGCAUAUGUAUAUAUACCUAUCUGUGAAACAUAAUGUAUAUAUGUAGCUAUUUAUAAAAUACCACGUUUGUAGAAAUAGUUCAAAUACAAUAAAUAAU